AUGGAAAUACCUGUAUCUGACUUCUGUUUUGGAAUUACUUGUAAGGUUGAACAACCAAUGAGGUUGGAUGGUGUGAUCUGCAAAUCAUCAAAUGAAUUCAUAUCAAAUGAUUUAGACAUUGGGCUUGGAAACUACAUAAAAGCGGAAGAAUGUAAUUAUGAUAACAUUAUGGAUGACAGCCUAAUAGAUAAUAAGUUGGGAAUUUUACGAGAUAAUCAAUCGUUGUAUUUGGAGGAUGGUUUUAAACGACUGAAACUGUCGUGUGGUUUUUGCAACAAGACGUUUUCAACAAUUACUGGACGGGACCGUCACAUUAAAAGCAUUCACAAAAGAAUAAAAUAUUCAUGUAUUAAAUGUGAUAGAAAGUUUUCAAGUAAAUUCCAUUUAAUUGAACACAAGAAAGUUAUUCAUGAAGGUAUUAAUCUUUCAUGUGAUGAAUGUGACAGGAACUUCACUACGAAAUCCCAACUAACUAGACACAUACAAUCAAUUCAUCAAGGAAUAAAAUAUCCAUGUAAUCAAUGUAACAAAAAGCUUUCUACGAAAUAUGAUUUAUAUGUACACAAAAAAGUUAUUCAUGAAGGAAUAAGACAUCCUUGUAAUCAGUGUGAUAGAAGGUUUGGAUCUAAAUCCAAAUUAAAUGAUCACAUAAAAGUUGCUCAUGAAGGUAUAACUUUUCCAUGCGAUGAAUGUAGUAAAAUAUUCUCUUCGAAUGGCGCUCUUUGCAGACAUCUACAAUCCGUUCAUCAAGGAAUAAAAUAUCCAUGUAAUCAGUGUGACAAAUUAUAUACAUCUAGAUUUCAUUUAAAUGAACAUUUGAGAGCUAAUCAUAAAGGUGUAAAAUUUACCUGUGAUCUGUGUAACAAAGAAUUUGCUUAUAAAGUAGGCUUAGAUGAACAUAAUAAGAAUAUUCAUGAAGGAAUAAAGUAUCCAUGUGACCAAUGUAGUAAAACGUUUUCGUCCAAAUGUAUGUUAAAUAACCACGUGAAAGCUAUUCAUAAAGGAAUAAAACUUACUUGUAAGCAAUGCGAUAGAAAGUUUAAUUGUAAAUCCAAUCUAAACUUACAUGUAAAGUCUGCUCAUGAAGGUAUAUUUUUCCAAUGUGAUGAGUGUGAUAAGAAGUUCACUGCGAAAUGUCCACUAAAUAAACACAUACAAUCAAUUCAUCAAGGAGUGAGGUUUGCUUGUGGACAAUGUGACAAGAAAUUUACAAAACAGAGUACAUUAAAUGAUCAUGUUAAAGUUGUCCAUGAAGGAUUUAAAUUUCGCUGUCAGUUCUGUGAGAAAUCAUUUUCAACAAAGAAUCAUAAGUUGUCUAAAAAUUUACUUAAUGUUUGUGAUAAUCAAGUCUUUUUUUACCAUAUUCCAAAUGUAAUGAUCAAAAAUUACUACUGA